CCCCAUGAAAACUUGUCGAGGCGUCUGUAAUAUCAGCUACUGAGCAGCAGCGGCCUCGCGGAGGACAACACAUGAGGCAGAUUUGAGCUGCGCGACCCAGUCGCGGCGCGGGAAAGCUGCACUGCAAGAACGCAGUGGCAGCAGUAGACAGGCCUCUUCUGCUUUUUCUUGUUCUAGUUUUCUAUUUUUUAUCAGAAAAUUCAAGUUUUUGUUGCGUAAAAUUAUUAUGCCUUUCCGUCUAGCAGCAACUGCAACGAACACGACGACCAUGGCCGCCCUCCGCACGGAAAGCCUGGGAGCUCCGUCCACCUCUCUGCUCUAUGGAGAGAAAAAAGUUCGUCACAAUCACUAAGUUGCAGGUUUUGCAUUACAAAUUUUUCUAGCAUCACAACUCCUCCUUGUAUUGCAGAAACACUAGGGAAAUCCCUUAUGACGUGUGGCUGUGAUGCAUUUUUAUGCAUGACAGACAAUUUUGUGUUGCAAAAAUGCCCAUGAGUGAUCGUGACGAACUUUUUUCUUUUGAUAUGCUCCGCACUUUCUUCAUUGUGACAUGGUGUUGUCUGGGUCACAGUUUUAUCCUGUGCAAAAGCAUCGUACUCGUACAAAUGCUAAUGCAAGUCUUGCAUUACAAAUCUUGUUUCCAACGCAAAUCUGCAUUACAAAUUUUAUUUCUCAUGCUGAGGAAAUUUGUAAUUGUAUUUGUAAUGCAUAUGCAUUUAUACGAGUACGAUACUUUUGCAGUUCAUAAGUUUAUCCAUGAAGCCGAAGUCGCAUGAUCACAGUAGACCUGGAAUUCUGGAACCAGAUCUACCACAGCCUGAGGAAGCCAAAGAUGAUGUUGAUGCGGGUGAGGAACGGAGAAAUUUUGCCGGUAGAACUAGAAGUCUUGAAGAUGUUGAAAAUAACCCGCUUGUAGUUGACGGGAUCAACAAACAGAGGAACUUCCAAGUAGGCGGAAAGAAUGGUAGAAGUGGGGAUCACGACGACCACGAGUUGGUGCCAGAGACGUACGAAUUUCGUAAAAAUUAUGCCGGGGCGUCGUCGAGUUCUACCGACAGCGGAACAUCGGACCAUGAUAACCUUAGCCCGGCAGCGGCACUGCAACUACCUGCUGAAGACCACGAUGAAUCCCAGCACAGUACUGCUAAAACUAGUACGAGUUCACCGAGCAGUAGGGAUAAAAACCUUGUACAACAAGACGACAAUCCGCCGAGGGAAUAUCAAGGAGUCGACCACCCUUCAUCUUCUGGUGAAAAUGAAAAUGAUUCGCUUUAUCCACCCGCAAGCAACUGGAAUUUAAACCCUCGUCCAACCACGGAGGAAGACCAUAUUCAGUCCGUGAACCCAGGAGCGCACCAUAAAGACCCGGACGUCGUGGCGUUUUUAGAAUUUUCGAUGAACAAGCGGCUCGGGGCGAUAGGUGGAGCAACAGCUACAUCAAUAGGUGGCACAUCAUCAAAUGGUGCAGCUCUGCUUCCAGGUGCUGGCGACGAGGUCGGUACAAGAGAUACGUUUGAACGGAUCCCCGACCCCCGCGACCCGAAAAGGGUGAUUAAAGUCCGGGUGCAGCGCGAGAUCGUCUCGGUGGACACGCAGUACAAUGCGGACCCAAAAACGGGGCAACUGACCGUGGUGCUCGCGGAGGAGGGCCGUGCGGCCAGUUGGGACAUUGUGAAAAAGACCCGCGCGACAAGCUUCUCCAACAACGCCGCUUUUUCCCGCGAAUACGCCCUGCAAACGGUGCCGGCCUACUUCGAGCAUUUGAUCCCUUUCCGGAAAUUUAUCCAGCAAACGUUUGGCAACAACGUGCAGGUGAAACCGGUUUCCCUGCGGGAGCGGGUGCAUAUCAAGUGUAAAAAUUUAUGGGUCUGGAAGAAUGCUAGGUUUGUCAUGCAUAUUUUCCAUGACCCAUGAUGUCUGUGAUGCAUGUCCUAGCAUCAGAGAUUCUGCGAGGGCUGCACCUCUUUUGCUGUUCAUGCAAUACAGAUCUUAUGUUGAUGAGUGCAAAGUUAGCAUCACAAGUUACACCCUUCCAGACGCAGACAUAUUUGCAAUGCAUAGUGCAACGUGACGUUCUAUUCAUGGACGCGAUUACGAACCAGUGGCAACCCUGUUACACGUUGACCACGCAAUAUGGAGAGAAAAAACUUUGUCACAGUCACUAACUUGGAGGCUCUACUGCGUUACAAAUUUUUUUAGCAUCACAGCUUUUCCCUGUAUUGCAGAAACACUAAAGGAAAUCCCAUAGGAAGUAUGGCUGUAGUGCAUGUUUACGCAUGACACGCAUUUUUUGUAUUGCAAAAAUGCCCAUGAGUGAUCGUGACGAACUUUUUUUUUUGAUACGCAAGGGGAUGCGAGUAUGAUGCAGUCCUCCCAACUCGCGCAAACCGUGGAGGAGUGUUCGGAGAAGGUCGUGCGGGCGAUUGAGAAAGUGGUGCAGACGGCGGACUUUGUCCCGGUCGAACCAGUUGCGCCCGGGUCGCUGCCCACCAUGGAUUGGGACGGCAGUGGGGCGUUGGUGAACCCCGUGAUUCAGAACAUCCACGUGCAGAAGGCACCGGCCUACGUCUACGGGACCCCGGCCGACAUUGCGGACAACAAAGGCCUGGAACUGCCGAGGGAGACGCCGCUGCGCAAGGAGAAACGGCAAUUCUUGGGACCUACGUCUACCUGGGUUAGAAACAACUUGCCGGGAGGUACUACUAACUUCUUGUACCAAAUUUAUUCUUUGCACACUUCGUCGAGUUAUGCUUUUAUGUUUGUGACACUGGGGUUUCAGUGGGAGUGGACCCAGAUGUACUUAGGGUAUUUUUUCAUAGAACCAUGAUUAUGCAGCGUAAAUUGUAUUUUUGUUCAUUUUUCUACCACAGCCGCCACGGCUCCGAAAAUCGGCUCUAUGCCCACACCGAUGGUGGUCGGCCCGACGUUUCAGGACGUGGCGACGCAGCUGCCCGGCGGAGCAGGACCGGGCAUGCAGCCCGCGCCCGCGACACCUUUCGCAUCCGGCUUGCCGAACUACAUGCAGAGCGGGGGCGUGGUGAUGCGGAUGCCUGCGCAAGGGGGAGGAGGAGGUGCAGGUGCAGGUGUCACGGGGCAGCCGGUACAUGUACUCCAUCCGGGGACUUUGAUGCACGCACCGGGUACUAGUACUGGUGGUAGUCCUCCUGGAGGCCCAGGUACACAACUACACCCUGGAGGUGUAGCACAACAACCUCCGGUACAGGUGGUGCAGUUACAGCCCCUGUUUGCCGGCCCCGGGCAGGCGGUUCCGGGGGCCGGAGGGGGAGUGCAACAGCCUGGUGGUACAACUACCGCACCUGCCGGUGUAAAAAUAACCGCCCCGCAGCCCCGCGACCUUACUGACGACUUGGCCAACAAUCUCCGACAAUCCUCCAGUCCGCGGACGGUGCAGGCGGGGGGCGCCUCGGUGCCGCGACCCCUGUUCGAUUCGACCGGCGCGUUGCCGGUUGGAGACGGGGGUACUACUACGCCGCAACAGCAACAACUAAACGGAGGAGUAGGAUUAUCGCCCCAGCAGCUCCUGGGAGGCGGUAUCGCAGGCGGUCACCACGGGCCGCAGCCGCUCACUCUGGAGCAACAGCAGCUGCUGGGGCUUCCUGGUGCCGGUGGUACACCAGGAGCGGCGGGUCUACAGCCACUCGCACAACAGCAAUCGGGCGGGCAACAAGGAGUUCUUACGCAGCCUCCGAACGUCCAAGUCGUGCAGAUGUCCCCGCAGAUCGGCCAACCACAACUGCCGCAGCAAGGCCAUCCCCAGCCAGUUCAGGCGGGGGGCCCGGUGGAGAUCAUGUUGCCGCCCAACCUCCAGUCCACGGCGGGCGGCGCACCCUCGGUCGUCCUGCGCCAGUUCUACAACCCGAUUGACAACGGGCGAGGGCCCUCCUCGCCCUUCGAGAUUGGGCAAAUUGUCCUCGUUCCGCAAGGCACGACAGGGGCAGGAGAACCCGUCGCGUCCCAAGCAGGAGGACCACACUUGCCGACCCAGCCGCACAGAGGACCAGGCGCUACGCUGCCGCUCACAAACGGCUUACCGGACGUUUCGACGGUGGCGAUCACAAAAAAUGUGGCUAUGGUGCCGACCGGCCAGCCGGGUGGACGACGAGACAAGCUAGGGCAGAAAGGAAACCUCCUACCUCCUCCGUAUGGAGAGAAAAAAGUUUGUCACAGUCACUAAGUUGCAGGGUUUGCAUUACAAAUUUUUUUUGCAUCACAGCUUCUCCUUGUAUUGCAGAAACACUAGGGAAAUCCCUUAUGAAGUGUGGCUGUGAUGCAUUUUUACGCAUGACAGACAAUUUUGUCUUGCAGAAAUGCCCAUGAGUGAUCGUGACGAACUUCUUUCUUUUGAUACUCCGGGCGGAGUUGGUAGUAGAGGCGGUCCGAUGGUCUACGAGCAACCAGUCGAAGUGAUUCACCACCGAAAUCCAAACCUGCUAGGCCCGGCGUACAUCGACGACGGCCCCACUGCGCCGGCGACCUCGCAGUCCCCGCGCGUUUUGUCUGGGGGGAGUGCGGGGGGGUCGAAGCCGCGCCCGCUUGCGGCGAUGCUGCCAGGGGGCGUGGGCGGCCAGCACCCGCCAGCGCAAGGCGGCGGGGCAGCAGGAACUACAACUCCCGUUGAUGUGAUGAUGGCACCUGCUGCUGCUCCCGGAGGCGGGUUGUUCCCCGGCGGUCAGCAACCAGGCGGCGGGCCGCAGCUGCUGGAUUACGGUGUUGCUUUACCGUUGACCGUAUCAAAUGUAAAAAUGUCUGGGUCUGGAAGAAUGCAACUUGUAAUGCUAAAUCUGAAGCAUGCAAAAAUCUGUGUUGCAUGAUUACCAACAGCCGUCGUUUUUUGCCGAGUUGAGAGGGAAUUUCUCAUGCAGGAUCAGCAUGCUAGAGAUCUCACAGGGUUUGUCAUGCUAGGCGCUGCAUUCCAGACCUCAUGAGUCAUAGAAAACCCGCAUGACAAUGACAAACCUGGCAAUCUUCCAGACCCAGACAUUUUUACAUUUGAUAGACAGGAGCACAAGGUUUUUACAACUCCGGUGGACCAGGAGGUGCGGGUGGUGCAGCCACUUCUAUGCAGCAGCCGGGCACGCCGUUUGCAGGUGGCGGGCCAGCUGCGCAACCGCUGCAGUGGCAGGUUUUUAGCCCGUUCGCCCAGCAGCCGGGCGGAGCAGCCCCGGGAGGAGGUGUCGACCACUUCUACCCGCAGUCCCCGGGGGUCGUAGGUGGUCCUGGAACUACUGCUCCGCCUGGGGCGGCGGGGUCAUCUCAGCAACUACAGCCUCCGCAGCUACCCUACCACCUUCCGGGGAGCAGCAUGACCGCGCCCCAGCCCGGCCAGCCCGAUGGAUUGGACACACCGACCAAGCAAGGGGGCGACCGGAUCGCUUUGGCGGGGGGGCAAGGCGUGGUCCCCAAGCCGUUGCAGCCUCUGGGGCUGUUGGGGGCCGGUGGAGCGGGCGGUGGUCACCCGGGAAGUAGUACUUCUACAGGCGGUGGGGGACAGCAGCUACCGGGACAGCACAUGCCGUUCAUCUUGCCACCAGGUUCGAACAUCGGGGUCAUUCAUCCAGAACAACUGCAGCCAGGACAACAAGCACGCCCGCCGGGCCCGGCGACACCGUUUGAACAACACAGCUUGUUUGCGGCCGGAGGGGGUGGUCCGGGAGCGAAUGGCCCGCUGCCGCUGUACGUACUUCCAGCCGGCGGGGGUCCUCAGCCAGCGGGCGGGGGUCCUCACGGUGGGGCGCAACCGCUUUAUGACCCGACGACCGGGUUACUGCUGCCACCUGUAUGAAAAUGAAAAUGUGGAGAAAAAAUUAUGUUGAGCUACAUCAAGUAAUUUACGCUCUGCGAGGUACUGUCGUGGUUGUGCGCAACAAAGACAAAGUCGCGCACUCCUGAUAUUCCCUCAGGUAUCGAGCGCAUAUUAGGAAAGCCACAUAGCGUUUAAUAUUUCCUGUGUGCUAAGCGUUCAUGCUACAGGUGGUCUACACCCAUCAGCUGUGGAAGCGUCCAGUAAUUUGUUCUCUCAACGACGCAGAUGAUACGAGUUGCAAUUAUGUGUAGCUCAAGAUCAGUUGAUCUGCAUUUUCAGUUCCAUAUCCCGGCCAGCAAAACCCUCCGAAUGUCGGAGGCGUAUUUGCUACCAGUGACCCGGGCCUUCCCAACGGCGGCGCGGACUUGCCGAAACAGGGUGGGGACCGGCACGCGCAAAUGUUUGGCGGGGGAGGAUCCGUCCCCAAGCCGCUGACCGGCGGCCCGGGACAGCUGCAACAUCUUCCCGGCCAAAUCCAAAUUUUGCAAGCACCGCCAGUGCAGUUAGGACCAGCAGGAGGCGCAGGUGGGCCGCAGCAACUACAACCGGGGCAGCAAGUGCAACUCCCCGGAGGUCACCAGCCUGGUCAACAAACAGGCGUGCCUACAAUCCAGAAUGUGCAACUGCUUCCCGCAGCGCAACAGCCGCGGACGUCCUCCGGCGAGCUGGUCGGCGGUCCGAUCGAGCAACAGCCGGGCUUUUUGCCCACUCAGCUGCUCCGACCAGUGGAGAACCCGGCGGGCCCCCCGGGCGGUGCCGCGGGGUUCGGUGUGCAGCAGUUGCCGAGCUCUCCCUUCUAUGCAUUGCAAAUAUGUUAGGGUCUGGAAGAGUCCGAGUUUGUGAUGCUAGAUCUCAUUGGCACAAACAUCUGUAACGGCAUGACCAGCGAAAGUAGCCCCCGCUUUUGGGCACGCGAGGGCAACAUCUCUCAUGCAGAAUAAGCAUUUGAGCAGGCUCGUCCUCGUCCUCAGGAGCCUGCUCAAAAGCUGUGAUGCUAGAGCCAGCAUUCCAAACCUUCUGCGGUUUGCGAAACCUGCAUGACAAACCCUGCACCUUCCCGACUCAGACAUAUUUGCACUUGAUACCUUCGACGCGAAUUACCAGGCGCGGGUGAGCGGUGCGCGGGCCGCGUCUCCAUCCUCACCGCCCUCGCAAAAUGACAAUGCCGCCGGGAUGAACCAGCAUCCGCCGGGGAUCGCUUUUGCCCCCACGCCCGCGGGGCUAGGCUACGUGGAUAACGUCUCAGGAGGUGCCGCGGGCGGUGGUGGACUAGUUUCCGGGACGUCCCAGCCAAUCGUGCAGAUUCGCCCGCCGGAGGCCGCGCACGCGGGGUCGCUGCUACCGGACAUGGGCAGUGGUACGACGACGGGCAGCGGCGGGGGAACAAGUGCAAGUAGUGCAGGAAGAGCAAGCCCGGUGUUGCUCUAUGGAGGGCAGGGGUCGGUCCCGAAACCGGUUGUCAACGGCGACACGACGUACAUGCCGGGUUUUAUGGCCGCGGUGGGCGGCGGCGGUGGUGGUCCCGCGGGAGGGGCAGGGGGUCCUCCGCCAACAGGAGGUACCUCGCCGCAGCUGCAGCAGUCGCAUAUCACAGGAAAAAACUGUUACAGUUACACAUUUGUUGGAGUUUCUGCAUCACAAAGUUGCUCGUCAUGGCAAAGAAAACCUGUGAUGCGCAGAGGACUAUAAGGGAAAACACGAAUGAAAUGAGGUUGGCAUCGGCAAGCAUUUCCUGCAUGACAGAGGUUGUUUGUCUUGCUUGUCUCACAUUAGAGUGUGUAACUGUAACACUUUUUUCCCACGAUAUCGCAGGGAAUCCAUUUAAUUCCUCUGCAGCCCGGCGCGGUCGAUGCGAACGGGCGACCGGUCGGACCGCACACGCAGAUGCCGGGAACGCCGUUCGGGAGCUUCAGCCCGUCUAAUAACCCCUCGGACGUGCACAGCGGGAUCUUCGGGGCCCAGCCGCAUAUCAAAUGCAAAAAUGUCAUCUGGGUCUGGAAGAAUGCAAGUCUGUCAUGCUUGUCUGGCAUGACUCGAGAAUCUGUGUUGCAUAGGCACGAACAGGCCCUCUUGCCUGUCAUGCAAAAACGCAGUUUGCCAUGCGGAAUACGCAAAACAUGGGAGCCAAAAGAUUUGUCAUGCAUAGCUGCGCAUUGCAGUGCGUCUACCAUUCACUUUUAGCAUUACAAGUUUCCAGACCCAGACAUAUUUGCAAUCCAUACCACAGCCGCUGGCGCAAGUGCUCUUGGCGCAGCACCAGCAAAUGUUUGGCGGGCCUGGCGGCACUGGUGCACCAGGAACUACUGCACCUGGUGCAGGACCCAUCUUCCUAGCCGAUCCGAAUGCUAUCCACCGUGCGAAUGUUAAGGUUUCUGGCAGGGCUGUAGUCUGGAAAGCCAAAGCUGUGAUGCUUGUUACAUACGUACAAAUACAAUGCGAGUCUAUUUUUGAUGCAGUUGAUACAACAUGCCCACUUCUGAGAUCCUGUAGUGUUAUGAGGUGCCUAUCAUGUACUAGUACUGCAAAGUUUAAAUAAUUUUCGACCUUCUAUUUCGGCACGAGAUUCCAGACCACCGCCCACCAAAGUUCAGAAAUACAUAUUUGCAAUCCAUACGAAAAACACGACCUCAACUUCCACAUGCGGAUGAGGGCACCAGCAUUGGGGUCGUCCGUCCAGAGUCUUCCCGCGUGGCAGAAGGCGGGUCGCAGAGCAAGCCCCAACCCUUGUCACCGCAAGUCCUGCACAACUUGAUUCUGGCCUCGCAAGCGGCGGGAGGAGGCGCGGGGCAUAUGCAUCAUUAUCCACAUGGCAGUGCCGGUCCUCAGCAACAACACCUUGCAGGAGGUGUUCAACAUCCAGGAAUGGCACUAGGUGGACCAGCACCACAAGGGCCCCCGCUGUACAACAACCUAGCACAGCCACCACAGGCAGCGCUUUUGCCUCAGGGCCAACAGCAGCAGCAGCAGCAGCUCCAACAGCAGCAGCCCCAACAACAGCAGCAGCCUGCGCAGGGUGGCGCGGCCGGGACGACGACUAUCACUAUGACGCACGUGCUCCCCGGAAAUAACGGCGUAAACAUCGUAAACGCCGGGAGCCUUCCUGCAACGAGUCCGUCCGGGCAGGUACUGCCGCCUGGGCAGCAGCAACUUGCUCCGCAGUCAGGGUACAGCGUCUCCGGUCCUUCGCAGGGAGGAGGUGCCGCCCAGGUGAAUAUUUACCAGGCACCGCCGCCGCAGGAACUCCCGCCACAUCUGCGGCCGACCCAGCCGCAGCCUCUAGAGCCUGAAGACGGGGGGAUCACGACAGCUGCGGGAGCACCACUGAACAUGCCCGGUGCAGCUCCUGGUGGAGGUGCAACGACUGUGACAAUCGGCAGUACUGCAGCGCCUGUUUCCGUCGUGCGUCCUCCGCCACCGCAGGUGGGACCGGGCGUUGUUCCGCCGAACAAUCCGGACGUUCUUAGCGAUGUUUAUCCAGUGGAAAUGUCAGAGAUCUGGUUCUGGAAGAAUGCAUAAGACUUGUCAUGUGCGGGUUCUUUCAUCGCAUGGACAUGACCCAGGAGAAGAGCUGGAAUGCGGACUGUACAAUACACGUUUUGAGAGGGCUCCUCGAUGCCUACUUUCUCCAUGACGUCGAGUGUAGUUGUCUUCGGGUAUUUUUACCUAGGCGAUUCGGGGGCACUUCAUUUAUUGCUGGUCAUGCAAUACUUACAGAUUUUUGUGUAGAAAAAUCCGACCUAGCAUGAAAAAUAAAACUCGCACAAGCUUUCAGACCCAGACCGAUAUUUGCAACUGGCAUAACGUCCCGGGAACUACAACCGUGGUGGAAACUACCACCACGAACCCAGACACCGGCCAGCCCAAGAAACACGCCAUGGAUGUUAUCCUGAGCAAAAACGUCCCCAUACCAGAGUUGUCAUGCAAAUCUGCAUGCCAAAAAAGAUUGUCAUGCGGGCCCCCAUGAGAAGUAUUUUCUAGUCGUGUUUUGGAAUUUGCCAUGCUCCAAUCAGCAUGAUGUACUACAUCUGUGAUGCUGCUGAGCUAGGUCAAACAGCACUACAAUACGAGUCCAAAUUUGCCAUGCAAAACAGCCAAAGCUUGUGGAUUUGUGUAGCCGAUUCCCCAUCUUGACUAUGGGGUGGGGACGUUUUUGCAUAGGAUAGAUGUCCAGGAUGGCCGCCACCUGCUAUCAACCGCCGGCGUUACGGCUCUCGCGGGGGCCAGCAAGCCCGGCGCGCGGGCAGUCAUCGCCCAGUCCUUGACGGACAAGGACGGCAACCCUUCCAUGGUGAAGUGGGUGGCCGUGGGGGUGGAGCCCGACAAAAGGUCGGCCGCGGCUGCGGCCGCGGGCGGGGCUGCCACGCCGGACUCGCCCAACGCGUUGGCCCCACCGCGCGACCCCGCCGAGGUUGCCCAGGAAAGUCUGGAAUCCGCGACGGAAGCUCGACAUGUGGAUCCCGGGAAAAAAGUGACCACGGUGACGGUGAUUGACUCCGCGGAGCAUGCGGGGAACCCCUCCGCCUGGAAGACCUUUAGCUACGCGGGCGCGCAGCUGCAAAAGCUGUGGCAAGGCAUUCAAGACAUGACCACUUCGCAGGCCCCUGCAGCAUCUGCAAAGGCGGCCAGCAGAAGUAAUAAUGGUCGUGGCGGAGGUGGUUGUGGCGGCGGCGGUGGCGGACCUUGUGGGGGUGGAGGGGAUUCGCCAGCGCAGGAACAACAGCCACGACGCUCUGCUUUUUUGCAAACGGGAGUUGUGGGAGAAGUUGGGCACGGAGAACAAUUUUUACAGGAAACGACAGCCCCUUCAUCCACCACGACGGCGAAUUCGGCGUCCGAAGAAGAUGGCACGCGCAGUGAUGUAGUUCACGGCCAGCGUUUCAUUUCUGUGGCCGAUUCUCUCGAAAAUCAGGUCGACGCUUUUCUGGAAGAAAAGUUCUUUCCGUUUCUAGAGCAUAUCGUACUGAAAAAAGUGCUACACGUAGUACACAUUUCUUCGUACAAACCUGUCGGCAUCGAGACAAUAAAGUUUCUCUGCAUGCUGUACUGGAGAAAACUUUCAAAAAUACAGAGAACAAAACGGAACAAAGCACGCAUGGAGAAACGGGGCUCGAAAGGAGCUUUGAAGAAUUUUGCGCAUGACAAAAGUCGUGUCCUCUGUCUUGCCUGUUUUGCAAAAACUACACAAAAAUGUGUAUACAACUGUGACACUUUUUUCCUUUGCAUAGAGCACUGGUCCAGAGUAGUGUUGUUUUGCCUGGCCGCGGUCUUGUUGACCUCGGUUUUCUCCUUGAUGAGAACAGCCACGGAGGCGGUUGCCUUCAGGUACAAAGGUUUCUCUACUGCAGCAGUAGAUCAUUGUUCUACUUCCGGUGUAGUACUAGAAGAACACAAGACCGCAUCAACUUCCUGCGGUUCUUGUGGUGGUACUAAAUCAGAAACCACGCUGGGAGCUGCAAGAGCAGGAGGCAACGCCAUCAACGCAGCAACACCAGCAACAACAAUCGAGAGGUCGGUCGCAAAAUCAUCUUCAUCGGAGGAAGCAGCUACUACAACAAGCACCGAGAAGAUGUUGAAUGAAGCUGGAGAAACUGCAGAUAAAAAUGAAACUGCCGAGGAACUAGUACACCAUCAUGACGGGGUGGGAAGUGGCCGGAAAUUAUUUUUCGGCCGGCAGGCACUCUCGUCAAUGGCGAAGUGCUAUCAAGAUUGCAAAUAUGUCUAGACUCGUCUGGAAACUUGUGUUGCAGCUGACUCACAGUAAAUAGCCGCUCGUAAGGUGGAGCCGCUCGUAUUUUUGCGUGUCACGUAGCAAGUUUGUCGAGGGCUCGUGCAGACACAUUACUCAAACGCAUGACGAACUGCCAUCAAGCGCACGACAGAAAAGGUCGUGGUCAGACACAGUUUUCAUCCAGAUCGUAGAUUGUGCUGUCCUUUAAAUCUCGCAUCUUACAAUAUCCAGACAUCCAGGGAUCAUAUUUGCAUCUGCAUAAGUGGGUCUUCGGGGCGGAAGUAGAUCAUACAUGUGGACCACGCCAGAAUUGCUGUGAUACCUCGGCGGUGGAACAAGCCUGCUCCGGGGAGGUGGACAGAGGGGGUGGUGGCGCCCCGAAGCCAACAACCUCGAAAUCGUGGAUGGUGUGAGGCGUGUGAGGACUCUCAGAGAAUAUGCAUGUCACAGCACGCCCGGUGCGGGCUGCGUACAGAAUUACGUACUUACUUACGCCAGCAUUUUUUUUUCUGUUUCUGGACGUUCCGUGUCUGUUGUAGUUAUUUCAGAGCUCGACAACUCUUUUUCUUUUACUCUCGCUCAAAUUCUUGUCAAAUUUUCGUUAACGUUUUUAGCACACACAAGUACACUUGUUUUCUAAUUUUUUCAUACGCAAACAUAAUUUCAUUCCUCACACCACAAUCUCUGCUUCAGAGUUUCUUUCCUUUGUGUUAUCAUUUUUACACACUUUUAUAAUUCCAUUAAGUACCUAUCAUCAAAAUUAAAAGUUCAAAGACAAAAAAAUCGAUGAAGCGUUGAAGUCUGCACUGGAGGUUGCACACCAUCUUCUCCGCCUGAAAAUCGAGGAAGCUACGUAAAAUAAAGAGUUUUCUUCUAAAAUUAUCGGAAGGAAAAAUUCCCCGUUCUCCCCCUACUGAAGAAAAGAUACUGAUGCAAAAUUUCAGAUUCGGAUUUGUGACCACGAACCGUGUCUGCCCGCCUAUGCAAGAUUGCACUUUCGCCACAGAUUGUCUGGCCGCAGCGCCUUCUACGUCAAAGCAUCCCUGCACGUCAGGCUUGGCAUUUGCGUGCAGUCCCGUAAGUAUUGCAAGACCGAGGGGCUUCGUGUACCACACAAAUCCGGCAGCGUAGCUUUCCAUUUGAGUACGGGGAGGGGGGAGUUUUUCUUUUUGAUAGAAGUGAAAGUAUAAAAAUUGACACAGGCUCUUCUCACAGAAAGUCUGUGCUGA